CCGCCGCCCCAUCAAUAACAACGCCGUUUUUUCCGCCAUGUCUAUGCUUGACAAGUUUCGACAGGGUGCCCAGAAGGCGGGCACACAAGCUUCUGCCUUCCUGAGGGAUGCUUCGGGUAAAGCGGCCAGCGGGUCGCACAGUUUUGCACAAGGAUUUACACUACCUGGAGAGGCAGAGAAGGCGGCAAAGAUCUUGGCUAGUUUCCUUGCGGACCCAAGUCAUCCUGAGUCUGCGCUCAACUCCAUACCCAAGGCCGUUCUGCAGCGCGCGAGAGGCCUUGCUAUAUUCUCUGUCCUGAAGGCUGGGUUCAUGUUCUCCGGCAAGGCGGGAUCCGGCAUAGUAAUCGCCCGACUGCCCGAUGGCUCGUGGUCCGCACCGUCCUGUAUCGCUACCGGAGGUGUGGGCUGGGGUCUCCAGAUCGGCGCCGACAUCACCGACUUUGUCGUCGUGCUGAACAGCGAGGACGCCGUCAGAGCGUUCUCGAUGGGUGGCAAUGUCACUAUCGGAGGGAACAUCAGUGCUACGGCUGGACCAGUUGGAACCGGAGGCAGUGUACAGGCUUCGUUGGCCCACCCGGCUCCCAUGUUCUCGUAUUCCAAGUCGAAGGGGUUGUUCGCGGGGCUGUCUCUGGAGGGUACCGCUCUCAUUGAGCGCAAGGACGCAAAUCGUGACUUCUAUGGCUCUCCAGUGCCCGCACGCGAGAUUCUCGGCGGUCGGGUGCCACCUCCCGAAGUCGCUUCAAGGCUGUACGAGGUCAUCGAAGCGGCUGAAGGCAUCGACGAGUCCGGCCUGCCGGAAAAUGCCUACGUACCCACCGCAUCUGGAGACCACGUGAAGCUGGGAAACGACGGUACGGUCUUUGAUGCUGAAGGCCACCCCUGAACUGCGUCUUCAAGGCCCCUCCACCUCUACAUCGGCUUACACCGCCCUCCUCUAAUACUUCCACGACGCUCUAUGCCCGCUUACGACUACUGCAUACUUGUACUUGUUCAUAGUGUCUCGAUGCUGGAAUAAAUCUUGAAAAAUGUAAUUUUA